AUGUCGAUUUCUUUAAAUAGAAUCGUCAUUUCCAACUUUAAGUCCUAUGGUGGAGAAACGGUAAUCGGUCCCAUUCAGCCGUUUACAGCAAUAAUUGGUCCAAAUGGAGCCGGAAAAUCAAAUAUUGUGGACGCUAUAAGUUUUGCAUUAGGGGAGGGGCUGACUGCUUUACGUGUUAAACACCUCAGCGAACUCGUUUAUGGAAUUUCUAUUAGAGAAUCAACGAUAGAAUGUCCUUUGAAACCGAGCCUCGGUGAUCUAAAGGCUUAUGACGCUCGCUCGGAAAAUUUUAUCGUACAGAUUGUUACGAAUAUAUGUUAUAUGACUGAAUUGCGAGAAAUGGGUUUGGAUGUAAAAGUAGAGAACUUUUUGAUACCUCAAGGUUACAUGGCAUGUUUCGCAAUCAAAAAGCCGAAAGAUCUGACCACAAUGUUUGAAAAAAUUGCUAAUUCAAAUGAGUAUAAAGCAGAUUAUGAUAGGAGAGUUACAUUUUUACAAGAUAAGGAAAGAAAAAUCAAAUCGCAAAUAGAUCAGUAUCUAUACGACAAGAAGAAUGUGAUAAUUUUAAUGGAGGAUACAAAAUUGCAAUUUAAGUCAUUAUCUAGUUCCCUCGAAGAUAUUGAACAAGAUAUCUUGAAAAUGAAAAAUACAAUUGAACAGAGGAAGACAGAACAUAUUAUUUUCGAGGAUAACAUUUUAUAUUGGCAGAAAAAACGUGAAAGCGCUCGCAUAUCUCUAGACAAUGCGAAUAAAGCGCGCGAUACUAACAAAAGAAUCGUCCAAGAAUUAAAUAAUGAGAUAGAACGAAUAAACAACGAAUUAACAGAAUUAAGAAAAGCGUCACAAACGAGCACUGUAGAACUCAGUAACUCUCAGGUUAAACGUUACAUGGAAUUGACGAACGAAGUUGAAUUUCGAGCACAGAAUUCUGUAAAACAAAUAAAAAGUUUAAUGCAUGAUCAGCGAGAAGAUCAAGCUAAACUUGAUAAUGAAAAUAGAUGUAAAGAAGAAUUAAAGGACAAAGAAAAGCAAAUGAUAUUAAAGAAAGCGAAUCUCGAAACGCGACUCACAAGAUUGCAAGAUUCAAUUUGCGAGACUAGUGAACAUGCAAAAAUGUUAGCAUAUCCUGAUGAUAAACAGGAAGCAUAUGAUUGUGUCUCAUUGGAUGGAUGUUUUUAUCGUAAAAAAGGUCUAAUGUCUGGAGGAUUGGCUGAUUUAACUGUAAAAGCAAAACAAUGGAACGAACAACGAAUACUAACAUUGAUGGAACAAAAGGUUGUAAAUUUUUUCUAA